AUUUUCUUAAUUCGUCGCGGGGCAGAGGGUAACUGCAGAAAGUGCAGAGUCUUCUUCUCGCAUGCGAUUCGAUCGCCGGGACUGAGAUAAUUUCCCUCUCUCCGGAUGGAUCCGAUUCAGCCCGCAGUCGAGAAUUAUGCCAACCCUAAGACGUGCUUGUUCCAUGUUCUCUUCAAGGGUGCAGCGCUGGCGUUCUACAUUCUGUCGGCGCUCUUCAUCGACAGUUUUGUUAUCAUUUUUGUGGUAACUGUUUUCCUUGCGGCACUAGAUUUCUGGGUCGUCAAGAAUGUCAGUGGGAGGAUUUUGGUCGGGCUGAGGUGGUGGAAUGAGAUCAAUGAGGAAGGAGAGAGCAUUUGGAAAUUCGAGUGCUUGGAUCAGGAGUCUCUUGCACGGAUGAACAAGAAGGAUUCUUGGCUCUUUUGGUGGACCCUUUAUCUCACGGCUGUUGCAUGGAUUUUUCUAGCAAUAUUCUCACUUCUAAGAUUUCAAGCAGAUUAUCUCCUUGUAAUAGGAGUUUGCUUGACCCUCAGCAUUGCAAAUAUUGUUGGCUUCACUAAAUGUCGGAAAGAUGCCAAGAAGCAGAUUCAACAAUUUGCCAGUCAGACCAUUGCAUCCCACUUCACCUCGUCGUUACAAUCCGCAUUUAGUGUCGUCUGAACAACAUAAAGGUAGAUAUUGGACAUGUCAGAGUUACAUGUUUGCCUUAGGAAGCAAUUUUAUCCUCGCAAAGUUUUCCAUUAAGCUGUGUACGAAAUUUGUUUGGAUCACCGUUUCCUCCAUCUAUAAAAUUCAUUACAUAAAAAAAAUUACAUAAUA